AUGUUUUAUCCUGUUGCAGAUGAUGAGGAUAUGAAUAUAAUUAAAUAAGAUUUGUUGGGAGAUGGGUCAGAGGGACAAGUGUAUCUGGGAGAAAUUAUAGGAACAAAACAAAAAGUAGCAGUGAAAGAAUUUAAAUAAUUCCUGAGUAAAGAAUAAAUUGAAUGUUUGCAUCUAUUGAAAAAUGCUUCAUUUAAAAAUAUUAUUAGGAUUUAAGAAAUAAUUCUCAAACCUAAGUAAAUUCAAAACAUAAAAUGUGGUAAAUGGGAGUUAAAACCAUAUCUUGAACCCUUUUUAGUUAUGGAAUUUGCAUAAUGUAACUUUAAAAAAUACAUGGAGAAGAAAGAAUUUUUAGAAUUAGAGAUUCAUCAAAAAUAUUAAAUAUUUAUUUAGGUAAGAAUUAUAUCUUAUAAAAUUAGAUGAUUGAAGGAGUAAUGUAAUUACAUAGCUUGAAUUAUUUUCACAGAGAUAUAAAACCUGAGAAUUUUGUGUGUUGUUAUGAAGAAAAUAAAAUUGUUAUCAAGUUGACAGACUUUGGUUUUGCAAAAGAUGAAAAUAUAGAAAGUCGAACAUCUAAUGUUGGAACUGAUUUAUAUAUGGCUCCUGAGGUGAAGAAAAAAAAAUUAUAUAAUUAAUCUAUUGAUAUAUGGUCAAUGGGAGUUAUUUUGUUUGAGAUUCUAACAUAACAAACUUUAUUUAAUCAAUAAACUAUAAAAUAAUUAGAGGAAAUUGAAAAUGAAGACAAGUUAUAGUUGUGGGUAGAUUCAAUUAUCAGUAAUAAGAUAAAAAAUCUUAAAAUAUCAGAUGAAUUUAUCAAAAAAAUGUUAAAAGUGAAUUGUGAUGAAAGAAUAAAAGGAAAAGAAAUUAUAGAACAUAUUAAUAAAAUGUAUAGUGAAGUUAUGAAAAAGAUAUUAUAGGAAGGUAGAAAAGCUAUAAUUUAUAAAAGGAAAUACAUUCUAUUUAGGAAAAAGUUAUGUAAAAGCUAUUGAGUGUUAUAACAAAGCAUUGGAAAUAAACCCCAACAAUGCAAAUGCUCAUAAUAAUAAGGGUAAAAUUAAUAUUUGAUAAUCAUAACAUUAGGGGUUUCCUUAAAUGAUUUAAAGAGAUAUGAAGAAGCUAUUGAGUGUUAUAACAAAGCAUU